AUUGUGGUAAUCACAGAGGCCAAGUGCAAAUAAGAUUAUGGCCAAUAUCUUGCUAAAUCGGAUAUCUCCGUAGUACGAAAAUAUAAUAGGCGAACAUUAUACAGAAUUUAGAAAAGCUAGAAAUUACAGGUACACCACUUUCUUCAUCCUAAAACAGAGGCUCGAAAAACCAUUAGGAAAUAUAUCAGGAUAUGCAUACUUUUUUGUCAUUUUCAAAGCAGUCUGUCCCCACGUGGGGAGAAACUAUCUUUGAAAAAGUAUGACAGCUGAGAAUUUCCAGAAAAUUAGUGAAAUUGAUAAAGGUGUGUACAAAUGAUCCUAAAUAAUUCGGACACAAAAAAAGUAUCGGAAGCUUUCAAAGUUUGAACUGCUAAACGGUAGAGAGUUGGACUCUUGCCUAUGAUAAUGAAAACAUCACGUGAAAAUGAAAUUAAUCAUAAAAUUCUAAGAUAUGCAGAUAAUGUAUCUGUCCUUAGAAGCAAUGAAGAGGACAUUGAGUAAAUCUUUAAAACUAUAAUAAAAAAGCAGACCAUAUCGAUUUACAAAUAAAUAAAGAUUAAUCGAAAUAUUUAGUCUAAGUCGGAAAAUCCACAAUAGGUUCUGUGUAGAAGGAAACGCGUUCCUGAGAUUUGGCAGAUUCAAAUACCUCAACUCCACAAUAAUCUCAAUAUGCCAGAAAAAUGAGAAAUACGCCAGCGUAAAAAAAGCAACCAGAGCUUUAUUCUCUCUUCCAAAGGAAUUGAAAUUCAAAAAAAAUCUUUAGAAAUCUGAAAUUAAGGGUGUAAAAUAUUAUGAUAAAGCCAGUUUUGAUGCGAGACACGAACACUAACAAGCACACUAGAAAAACAUAAUGAAAGAUUUGAGAGGAAACUCUCCAGAGCGACCUGAAUGCAAAUAAAUGGAGGAGAAGUACCAAUAAAGAAAUGCUUCAGAGACUGGUAAUCAAUAUCUCGUGAAAAGAAGGAAGAAGAUUAAGAUGGGUGGGAUAUGUAGCAGGAAACAAUCCAUCAGAAAGACUCUACAUAACAAUGAAUCCAUCAAUAGUCUGCAAGAGGGCAUAGGAAGCCAAAAACCAAAUUUAAUAGAAUCAAUAAAGAUGUUACAGAACUAAAUGCAGAGAACUGUAAAGCAAAGGCCCAAGACUGGCUGAAGUGAAGAAAUUCAGGUGGUAGCAUCCAUUCAAAUUGCUGAAGCAAGGUGCUAGUGUUCCAGUAUUUUGCACUUUUCAUGGAUGCAAUGUCAUUGUAAAAUUGUGAAACCUUCCAUUAGUUUCUGGAAAGCAUUAAAGUGAAAUGCCUGGCUAUGAAAGAGAUGAUUCCAAAAGUUUAUCCAAUUUGGAAUAUGCUCUUGCUGGUGGAGCUUCUGGAGGGGUGACGCGUUUUUUUUGCCAGCCAUUUGAUGUCUUAAAAAUCAGGUUUCAGCUCCAAGUUGAACCCAUCAGUAAGAAUUCAUUAUCUUCAAAAUAUAAUGCUGUUUACCAGGCUUUGAAAACAAUUUUAAUUGAAGAAGGCAUUUUUGGUCUUUGGAAAGGGCACAAUGCUGGGCAGCUAUUAUCAAUAACAUAUGGUCUCGUUCAGUUUCAAACUUUUGAAUUCUUUACAAAAACUUCUUCUACUGUAUUAAAUCUAGAUCCUACAGCCUCAGAUGUGCAUUUUCUCUGUGGAUCUUUAUCUGGAGUGGCAGCGACAAUGGCAUCUUUUCCAUUUGAUGUUGCUAAAACCCGAUUUAUUGCACAAGGCAAUGAUAGAUUAUACAAUUCCAUGUUCCAUGCAUUUAAAACCAUGCUGAAAGAUGAAGGUGUAGUUUCUUUGUUCAGAGGGCUGACUCCAGGAAUACUCCUUGUCGCACCGCAGACAGGUGCUAUGUUCACAGUUCAUAACAUGUUAAAGAAAUUGUUCAGAGAUGCUAAUUUGAUGCCUAACAAUGUGCCAACAUUAGGACAAAAUUUAUUUAUUGGCUCAAUGGCUGGAUUGAUAUCCAAAACUUUAGUGUAUCCAAUGGAUUUAUCUAGGAAACGCCUACAACUGCAAGGUUUUCGAGGUAGAAAAGGUUUUGGAGAAAAUUUCAACUGUCGAGGAAUGAUGAACUGUAUAUUACGCACUAUAAAACAUGAAGGAGUCAGAGGACUUUACAAAGGGCUUGCACCAAGUAUUAUAAAAGCUGGUGUAACAACUGCCUUCCAUUUUACAGGAUAUGAUAUGUUUUGUCGAUUAUUUUUGGCUUCUCACAAAAAUAAGUGAUCAAAUAAAGCUUUUUAUUUAUUUAUUUGUUCCUCAAUUAAGCCUUUUAAACUGUGCCUUGACCAUUGUUAAAAACACACAGUAGUGGUAUAUACAUUUUAUUUUAAAUUAUAAUAAUUAGAGCAAAAACUAAUCGUGACAAAUCAUUAGAAAUUUUAAAAAUAUCAAACAUCAUAAGAAAAUAACUAUAAUUCUAGAUAUUUUAUCUUUCUAAAUUCAUUGAAGUAUCAAAAUUUUUAGAACAUUUACAUAUAUUUCUCAUGCUAUCAAUUUAGUCAUUAUAGUGAGAACCUUCACUCUUUCAAUUUUUCUCCCAAUAUUUUCUAAAAUUUAUGACAUAUAAAUUGAAUAGAGCUUAAGAUAUUCAUAAAUGUGGAACUUUAUAAAAUAUGCUGUUUUUUUUUUUACUUUUCCU